CCCACGGCAGGGAGGCGGCCGGGGGCGGUGGCGAAGCGGAGCGGUGGUGCUGUCGGUGUUGGAUCUGUCUUUUCCUCCGUCCUUCCCUCCCUGGAUGCGCUCUGCCCGGGAGCGGAGCGGGCGGCAUGGGCUGCGCGGCGCUGAGCAUCGCGGUGACGCUGCUCGGAUGCUUCUCCGCGGCAUCCAGCACACGUCCGGAGUGCAGCAUCAUGCAGGAGAUUGAAGAGGAACGCAGCCAGUGCUUGGCAGAGCUUACUGGGGAUAACCAGACGUCAGGUUGCAGAAGGCAAUGGGACAACAUCACAUGCUGGCCUGAAGCAGAGGUGGGAGAAGUUGUGGUACGGCCGUGCCCAAAGUACUUAAGAUUCCUCACCACUUUUCUCGGGAAUGUGACCAGGAAUUGUACAAGCCAGGGCUGGACGGAUGUGUACCCUGCACCAUAUGCUGUAGCAUGUGGAUAUGAUACUAACAGUACUCCAGUGGAAGAGCAAACGGCGUUCUAUGGCACAGUCAAGACCGGCUACACCAUUGGACAUACCUUAUCGCUCAUUGCUCUCACAGCUGCUAUGAUCAUUUUAUGUCUCUUCAGAAAACUACACUGCACUCGAAAUUAUAUUCAUAUGCACCUCUUCAUGUCCUUCAUAAUGAGAGCCAUUGCAGUCUUUAUAAAAGAUGUCAUCCUAUUUGAAAGUGGAGAACCUGAACACUGCUUUGUGAGUUCAGUAGGCUGCAAAGCCAUGAUGGUUUUCUUCCAGUACUGCAUCAUGGCCAACUUCUUCUGGCUCCUGGUGGAAGGGUUGUAUCUUCAUACCCUGUUGGUCAUCUCCUUCUUUUCAGAGAGGAAGUAUUUCUGGUGGUACAUCUUGAUUGGCUGGGGUGCCCCCUCUGUGUUCAUUACUGCUUGGACUAUCGUCAGGAUCUACUUUUUCGAUGUCGGGUGCUGGGAGGAAAUAGUGGAAUCCCCAUUUUGGUGGAUCAUUAAAACUCCUAUUUUGGUGUCUAUUUUGGUGAACUUUAUUCUCUUCAUUUGCAUCAUCCGUAUCUUAGUCCAGAAGUUGCAUUCCCCAGAUGUAGGACACAAUGAAACCAGCCAAUAUUCGAGGCUGGCCAAGUCCACCUUGCUGCUGAUCCCUCUCUUUGGCAUUCACUACAUCAUGUUUGCGUUUUUCCCUGACAAUUUCAAAGCAGAAGUUAAGCUGGUCUUUGAGCUUGUGGUUGGGUCAUUCCAGGGAUUUGUGGUGGCUGUUCUGUACUGUUUUCUCAAUGGGGAGGUCCAAGCUGAACUCAAGAGAAAGUGGCGGAGGUGGCAUCUGGAGCGGUUCCUGGGCUCAGACAUGAAGUAUCACCACCCUUCUUUAGGCAGCAAUGGCACAAACUUCAGCACCCAGAUCUCCAUGCUGACCAAGUGCUCACCAAAGACACGCCGGUGCUCUGGCUUCCAGGCUGAAUUUUCUCUGGUGUGAUGAAGAAUCGUGCUCUGAGCACUGAGCAUCCAAGAGAGAAACUGAGAGACAGAAGGAUCCCCAGGAAUCAGCGAUGCGAUGACAAACCCUUGUGAAAUGACAUGCUUCACAUGAGCCAACAGAGGACACAAAACUGGAAAAGCCACUGGCAUCCAGAACAAGAUCAGACAAGCCAAGAGGCAGAGAAAUACUUUUCCUCUCCCUCUUUUCAGACUUCUCACUCUUAAGUCUCAAGCUCUCAGGGGUUGAUAACUCUGAGUAAAGAUCUCAGUCACCUGAGGAGAGCCUGGCAGAACCUGAUGUGUCAUAAAUAAUGAAGUAUGGGGCGUAAGGGAGGGGAGACCCUGAAUCCUCGGUGGCUUUACCAGAACCGGCAUCUCUGAAACACAUAAAUUGCACUUUUUCAAAAAUGAGCCAGUAAAGGAGAGAGGAAGGCAAGAAGCAGGAAAUAAAAUGCCAAACAUACGAAUGUGCCAAAAGACCUGUUGAUAAGAGGUGUUGAUAAGGCACCGAAGACAGAGUCAGGGACACAUAGGGGAAGGAACAGGAGGAACAUGAGCAGGAAGGGGAGAGGCCAGCGCACAGCCCUUUCCUCUGCAUUUUGCAUGUGUGAAGACAAAGCUGCAACACCAGGAAAGCCCUUGGAGGACACCCUAGUGCUGCAGUGUGCUCUGCUAAUUGCCCACCAUCCUUGUAAGCAAAAGCUUUCCAAGCACCCUUGGGUGCCACCUGGAAAAGCAGGUUGCUGAGAAGGAACAGCGUGAAUGCCCUUCUCUGCUCUAUGUCCAUGACAUCAUGUUCUAUUUGAUUGUUUUUAAUUAAUAGAAAAUUCAAUUUGCAUGUAUAAAAAACAGGUACAGAUGCCAAAAGUGGAGCAUGACCGUGUUUUUCAUUCUUUUUAAGUUCAACCAUAGAUCUUGGUGCAUUAACACACCCAGGAUCGUUAGGGAUGAGGGGAAAACAAUUGGUCUGUAAUUCGUUUGCACUUGCUUAGCAAACACUCCAGGAAAGGGAGAUGUAGAACCCUGUAAUCCUUAUUUGAAUCAGACCCACCAUAAGGAGUCACUUUCCAGGUGAAAAAAUUAGCAUCACAGCAGCAAGCAGAAUUGCUCUUAGCUCUUUAAGACGUGCAUGUGUAUUUUAUCUCUUUUCCAACGGCCUAAUAGUUUCCAUAUAGGGAAUUUGAAGAACGCACACGGAUCCUAUUAAAACCAAGGCAAUAGUUAUUGUUUUAAUUUCUUUUCUUGGCAAAAGGGCAAAGGAGAAGGGUGAAACCAAGUCUUACUCAGACAUGCCAGGCUGGCCACUUGCAGGGCAUGACGUGCAGCUCACACGCUGGGUACUGGGUACUGCAUUUGAGACAAUCCCCACAAUCCCAAACUCGCUCAGAAGAUAAAAAACACAAGGAUGUGGAUGUUCACAUCAGUAUCCCACCCACCUGCAUGGAAUGGAAUUGCAUCAAUUUUACAUCAGACAUGGGAAAUCCCUGCCCAGCUCAGGUAUACACUUAGUAAUUGGGCUGUGUCAUCAUAACUUGUGAUAACACUGUCCUCGUGAGGGAGAAUCUGGGUCACCGGUUCACGUACAUGGAAAGGAAGGUGGACUUCUCUUUCAGAGAUCUCAACCAUCAGGUACUAACAUCACUUAUUUAUCUUCAGAAUGAAGUAUAGUUCACUGAAUGGAAGCAUUUUUAACUUUGUGCAUUCGUUUGGGGUUUUUUUUUUCUUCCUUUAAGCAUCCAUGAUUCACUGCCAACAAACCACACUGAGCCCAGGAGGAGAGCUGCAGAUCUGGACAACCAAUUCCUUUUUCAGUUAUGAGAGGGUGGUUGUCCAUGCUGUACCCUCCCCAGAACUAUGCCUGUUAUCCUCUCAGCUCAGUGCUUCCAAAGUCUCCACAUGCAGGAGUGAGAACAGCAUAAAGGACUGAUCAGUAAGCAUCAUGAGAUGUUCUGAUACAACGACCCUGGAGGGUAGACAUACACCUAUGACUUCCCCGUGAGCUAGCUCAGAUGCUGCCACAGUGUAACCAUGGCUACCCAGCCCCCAAAACCGAAGAGGACAGGUUGAUAUUUGUGGAGGUAAUUAUUAUGAGAUCCAUGGUCCUAGAAUUAAAGUGCUGACAUGGCCCCAGGCUAGCCAGGUUCAAACAAUCUUUGCUAUGGCUACGCUACAUUGAAACCAUAUCAUUAGCAGUUAGAAUCCAACACUGACAUGCCAAAAUCUUCUCUUAGCAGCUCUUUUAAUUUCCAAAGUCCAGAGAAACAAAGAGGAUGCUUAAAAUGUCCCUGUAUUGUUUGCAGUGAAGCCCAUAAGCCCUGACCCCAGGAACAAGGUCCUCAGAGGCAAGGAUUCUCUUUUUGUUUGGUGCUGGUGCUAAUGAGUGCUUUCAAGCCAAGACUAAGACCCAUACAGAAGAAAAUAGAGAAGUCCCACCAGUAUAUUCUCCUGCCUGAUUCAAAACAAGUAUUUGCAGUUCACCAGGUGAAUGACUAGCUGCAAGUAAGCUCAGACAAAGCAAGGGCAAGCUCUUUCUCAGCUUCCAAGCUGUUCCACUUGGUGUAAAAUGCUUCUUCUCACUGGGUCAGAAUUUGGAAGCAACAUCAAUCUGAUAAAGAUUUGAUUCAAUAAGCUGCAAAGCCAUUCACCCUCUUCAUCAGACACCGUAGCUAUCUAUGCCCUGCAAAACUGAUGGGCUGCAGAGGAGCACUGCCCAAUCUUGUUAAUGUUUCCACUGAGGUGCCUAAGAUGUGAACUUUAAGCCCAGAUCCCAGACAAGUUUGGGAUCCCAGAAAAGUUUGAACACAGAGCUGUUGAGCAUAAGUGAUGCACCGUUAACAGCAACCUCUGUUGUGAGGGUGAGAAGCCUUCCCAUCUGUUUUUGCUCCUUGCUGGAUUAGAUAGUCAAUGUCUGUAAGCCAUGAGCAGCGAGACACUUUGUUUAUUUUCAUUCUAUUGUUCUUCACUUUCCAUCUCCCUGAGCCUCAACUUCAUUUGCAGGAGGACCUUCUGCUUUGUAUUUACAGCUUCACUUCCAUUUCAGCCCUUUUCUAACCUGUGCCAGCAUUAACCAUACACGAAAAGCAGCAGGAAUAGGCUCACUUUUUGGAGACCCAAAAGGGAAAAAUUUGGCUAUUUUUUACCCAGGCCACAGGGCUUUCUGUAGCCCUUAAGCUGCACCACCAAUUAUUCUGCACAGGAAUCUUAAAACAGGACAUUAAACUGAGGGGCUGUUUCAGAAAACACUGACUACAUUAACAUGCCAGGAACAGUGCCCUCAGGCAUCACCGAACAUCCAUCGACAUCAUCAUUAUGCCAUCAAGGGUCUUUGAGAGAUUAAAUCAAUGUGCUGAAUAUACCUGCUGUGACAGGCAUGACAAUAUUAGUGAUGCAGGCUGUGCAGAGCUGCCAGCCCAGCUGUGUUGGCCUCAUAUUUCAGGAGAAUAGAAGAGUCAGUGGUGAAAUCAGAGCUUUUUCACUCUUUUCACAUCAAGUGAAUGAUGACAUUCGGAUCAGGUCCUCAUUUAAGCAGCUUAAGUGCAGGAAUUUGGCCCGAAAGCUUGGCUUCUUCUACCCUGUUUUUCAUCCACCUCGUCAGUAAAUACGACUUCAAGGACUUCAAUGCAGUCCCAAAUGACAGCCUGAACUCUGUUGUCCUGAACCCAUGCAGAAUACAGGAUGCAGUGCUCAGAGCUGCUGCUGUUGCUCUUUAUCGGGGGGUGAAGGGACAGGGUGAGGGUAAUGGUUUUAAGCUGAAAGAGGGGAGAUUUAGUUUGGAUAUUAAGAAGGAUUUUUUUACUGUAAGGGUGAUGAGGCAGUGGCACGGGUUGUCCAGAGAAGUCAUGAAUACCCCAUUCCUGGAGAUAGUCAAGGCCAGGUUGGAUAAGGCGUUAAGCAACUUGAAGCAGUGGAAGGUGUCCCUGCCCAAGGCAGGGGGGUUGGAGCUGAGUGACCUUUGAGGUCCCUUCCAAGCCAAACUAUUGCAUGAUUCUUUGAUGCUAUGAAAGCAUCUGUCUGACCCCCUUAACUCUGAUGUAAGACAGAAAUGACUCCAGCGAAGGCAACUGUGUAAAUUUUCUGCAAAAUAAGAGUCAUAUCUGGAUAUGUUGGGCUCUUAGAUAUGUUUGAGGAUCAUUAAUUGAGACUCAAAAUCUAUAAAGAAAUCAAGACAAAUUCUGAUCCUGCUUGCACCAAUUAGUUCACUUCAGCGACUCCUGAAAUACAGCAGCAGGAAAAUGAAAUUUACCUUUAAAGUAAUUCCUCUGUCUUCAGCCUGGAACUGUUUGCUCCCUUUUUGUACCUGAGCAACAUUUAACACCUCAUGUUAAUUAGUUACUCUAUUUCAGUGAUUAUUAAACAAUUAUUAAUAAGGACGGAACAAUUAAAAUACAAAAAUGAAUUUAUUUUCUCAAGGUCUAGAGCUACAGGGUUCAAUGCUAACAUCACACUACAGAGAUUUCUAUUCAUCUGGG